AGCACGACAGCCGCGGGACUCGUACACGCGCGUCGAAUACCUCCUCCGCUCUGUUUGUGACUCUACCUCCGACUCUUGCGAUCUUGAUGGACCCUAAAUGACACAUAAUACAAAAAAUAUUGAAAAUUUGGACUGCCGCGACGGGAUGGGAUAAGGAAAAAUAUUUCAUAUUGUGUAAAUAUUGUGAAGUGCGGAACUCAGUGUAAUAAUUCGACUAAAUUUCCUGCUCAAUAAACUAUCUGCUCGGACCUCAUGGAGGACGCGGUCAUGCGGCAGGUGCGUGACGAGCACCGCGACGACCGCGAGGAGGCGCUGCAGCUCGUGAAGAGCGAGGGGAGGGCGGAGGGUGAAGCGGCGGGGGGAGGCAGCGAGCAGCACUCGGUGAUCACGUCGCGGCGGACGCUACGGACCAUCACGGCCUCGGGGCACAUCACGGAGACGGCCGCGGGGGACGAGGGCGUGAAAGACGAGCCGCCCGAGCCACCGCUGCCGGAGCACGAGCAGCUGCACUACGCGCCCGUCGCCAAGGUGGAGGACGAGCCGCCGCAGCGACACCACUACGACGACGAGCGCCUGCGGGCCGCUGAGGCGGACGCGGCGCGCUACCUCGCCUUCAAGCAGGAGCCCUACCGCGUACUGCAGUCGCCGGCGCCUGCGCCCCCCGCACCCUCGCCUCAGCUAGACAAGCGCGUGCCGGUAUCCCAGCAGUACACAGCAAGGGCCCCACCCCCUCGCACUGCGCCCUACCCGCGCGGCCUGGCGCUGCGCUACGGAGGGGGCGGGGCGGCCGAUGACCCUGACGAUGACACUUUCCUGCAUAAGGAGAAGAGCGACCAACUGCAGCAGGCGUAUGCAGCAGCUGGUGAGGCGGCUGCAGCAGCGGCAGCAGUGGCAGCAGCUACGGGGGCGACGCACGACGCCGCGCGUCACUACGUUUUGACGGAUCAAGGCUCCUCGGCGCUCGAGAUGAUCCAGAGCACGGCACUGAGCAACCAGCAGGCCGUCGGUGUGGCCUACCAGCAGGUUAAAUAUGAGAGCCGCGGUGAGGGCGACGCUCGCGCCGGUACGUACGCCAGUUUACAACCAGUUACGUCGGUCCAGGGCUACACGUACGCGGGGCAGAGCCCCCAGUACGCCGCCGGGGGCUACGGCGCGUACGCGGGUGGCAGCAAGGAGCUGCUCACGCUGUACGGCGGGGGCGGCGGUGCAGGAGGAGGAGGUGGUGGAGGGCGUGGAGACGACUCUCCGCCGUCGCAGCUGCUGUACCGCUCGGACCCCACGCUGUCGUCGUCGUCGCUGGGCGCGCGGGGCCACGUGGUGUACGGGUCCGUGGUGCCACAGGCCCCGGCCGUGUACGAGGCGCCGCCCAGCCCCGGCAGCCAGCAGGUGACGCUGUACACCCACGGCAGCGCUGUCCAGUACAAGGUGGGCGGCGACCACUACCUGGGCCAGGGCGGCGGCGUGGAGUACGUGCCCGUGUCGGGCUACGAGGGCGGCCUGCUAGUGGAGAGCUAUCCUGCACCCGCGCAGCCCUGGCCACCACACAACCUGCUGCCCAUCGACGAGGGCUUCGACCCAGGAAUGGCCGGCAUGGGCGAGGUGAAGGAGUGCGUGAACUGCGCUGCCGCCACCACACCGCUGUGGCGCCGCGACGGAACCGGCCACUACCUGUGCAACGCGUGCGGCCUGUACACGCGCAUCAACGGCGUGAACAGGCCCCCACUCAAAGGUCAGAAGACGAAGCCUCAGCAAGCACUGCCCACCAACGGCAACCGGCGGGUAGGAGUCACAUGUGCUAAUUGCCGCACCUCCAACACCACGCUGUGGAGACGGAACAACAACGGCGAGCCCGUGUGCAACGCCUGCGGCCUGUACUACAAAUUGCACAACGUGAACCGGCCGCUUAGUAUGAAGAAGGACGGCAUCCAGACGAGGAAGAGGAAGCCGAAGAGUAUGGGCGGGCAUGGCAGCGUGUCGCGGGGGGGUGGCGGUGGAAGCUCGCUUUCAGCGGAGGCUCCCCCGCCCUCGCACAAGGAGCUGCCCCCGCUGUUCGCGGCCCUGGAGGGGGGCGCGCUGCUGCUCCUCCCGGCCCACCACCACCACCAACACACGGUAUCCACGGUAGAAACGCCGCCCGAUGCCGCUCCCGUCCACCGACCAGGGCCUUCCUAGGGCUCCCAGGUCGCUCGCCGUGUAAUAAAACAACCAAAGUCACCAAUGAGAAGUGCGCCUACACCUUGCACCUGGCACCUGAGGCCUUACACCCAGGGGCGUGUAUACCAUAUAGGCAAUUAGGUAGUGCCGACCUCGUUAAGAACAUACAUAACUAUACCACUAGUGUAAAUUGAUUUAGUUUAUUUAUGUGCCGUAAUUUAUUACCAAACAAUUGAAUACCCAUUCAUAAAAUCUUUCCUUACGGUAGAUCUUAUAUACCUCUUUAGAGAUCUUUACUUACUUUAAGACCGCAAAGCCUAGUACUGUCGGACCAAAGCGCAAUUACGAUAGUUAAAUUUCGACCUUUCUAGAAAAUCAAUGCACGCCCCUGUUUACACCUGACCCAAUAACACUUAUAAUAGAAAUGACACAAUAUCUGAAAUAAUAAUGACCGCUGUAUUCAAAUAGUUGUGCUGCGUCACUUAUCAUGUUGUGGAUAUAGAGCAGGAGGUGCCGGGCUGCGGGGUGCAGUCAUCAGAUAUUUAUUAAAACUAGUUAGGAUUUAAUAUAAGUAUUAUUUGGAAAGAAAACAUUCAAAGCCAAAGAUAGAGACGAUUUGUACCAAAUAAAGUGUAUACCAGGUAGAAAAUAAUGGCUGAACAAAUAGAGCAAUAUUUAAACAGUAAUUGUGAGUUACAUUCGCAAUAUAAGUUUAUGAUAGUGAUAAGAUACUGUACCGACGACACGCCACUACACGCUUCGCACUACGAGUGACGUCAUCGGAACACACACGCCGCGGGCUCCGCGCCUAUAUUUACAAUAAUAAUAAUUUGAUUAAAGACUUGUUAUACUCCAAAAAGUAUUUAAUAUUAAUCAGCCUAUCGGAACUCUCUAAGAAAAUCGCGAUUCACUCGAUUGUAUGAAACGUGCAGUCAUUGAUAGAUUGACAGAUAAAAUUUUGUUAAUAAAGGGAGAUCGAAGACCGAAAUCCAAUUACGUUUUAAACCAACUGUUCGCUUUUAAACUUAGUCGGAUUAUACUUAGUCGCCAAUCGUUACCUAAACUUUAAUUAAUACUAUUUCAUACUCAUGUCAAAUGACUGCACGUUUCAUACUAAACUAAAUUUCAAUUUUUACUUAGGCAGCCCCGCCUCUUAUUACGUAGCUUUUACAUCCUCUUUGUAUUAAUAUGACAUGUAAUAAAAAAAUUGAUUUAAACUAGGUAUCUACUUAUGUAUAAUAUUUUAAUUGGGCACUGAUUUAAAGCCUCCGUUACAAUCCGCAAGUAUAUUAACAAAUUCGUCAAAAAUAUUCUUGGCGUGUGAUUUACCAAAUAAUAUAAACAGGAUCUUGUCAGUUGACUGUUCCGAUUGCUCACGGCACUGACCUGUAUAAAUACCACUGGACAGGCUGUUCCAAUGUUUUGACAGCAAAUUUUUGUGCCAAUUUGAAGCGCCAUUCAUUCAUACUUUCGCUACAUGGCCAACAGCGCUUAAAUGGCGAAUAUCAAACAGGCACAUAAGCACUUUGAUAGCCGCCAGUCCAGUGGUAUAUAGUAGAGGUCAGUGGCUCACGGUAACCAGUAACCACCCCAAUGGUUAUUUGCCAGUUGUAAAUAUUAUAUAGCUUUAUAUAGGGUGGAGUUCUGUGCCAAGUGGGUAUUGUUCAAAAUAAACGUCAACACUAGUGAUGUGCCGAGUAUGGCUUGACUCGAUUCAGACUUGAUUCCCGAUUUGGGCUCGCUUACUCGAAUACCAAUAAAUUUUGAUUGGAGUAUGCCUGACUCGUUUCUGGUACUCGAGUCAGGAAAAUCGACUUCGUACUCGCUGAUUCGAUACUAUAAUGUGUUAAUUUCUUAAAUAGCUCCUAAAAAAUCUUUUUUUUUUUUGUGUAAUAAAACUAUAGAAUUUGAUCACAUUUCUGGUUCCUAUUAUCCCUUAUUCCUAGAUACCUCCUAAGUAUGUGCCAUGAUUUUUUUGGAAUAUUCAAAAAUAUUUUCAUCAAAAAUGUUCGUAGUGUCAUUUAUUGAAACGUACAUGUUGUUUUAACUCCAUUUCGAUUAAUUUUCCUUGUUCUUUUAAAAUUGGUAGCGGACUCUAAUUUUAGCGUAGUUCUGGACUCGAGUCAACUCAAUAACUCGAGAACUGGGCUCGAACCGCGCAUUCGAGUGAUAAAUUGACUCGAGUCGACUCCUCCAAAACAGCGACUCGGCACAUCACUAGUCAACACAGCGGCACAUAUUGUCAGCUGUGGAACUGGUAGGGUGAGUCCUCCGCAGUGAGAGGGAGGCAAGGAGGAGGGAUCUACACGCAUGAAUAUAAAUAUAUUAAUACCACGUACCUAGUUGCCGACCCUCGUAAUGUAUGACAACUUAGGAAAGUUGAUAGGUUAGUGACUAGAGUCGUUCCGCAUAGCACUUUAUUUCAGAAAAAUUGCUGUUGGAUGAAUAUUUUCAAUAAGAUCCCUGAUUCAUUUAAGUUGUUACCUUUUUCAAGAUUUAAAGUAUCCUUACACAGUUGGCUUCUUCAAAACACUUUUUUUUUCUAUAGAAGUGUUUUUUUACUACAAAGAGUAAAGGAUUUUGACAUUGCAUUCUAAGUGGAUUAUUCUUAUCUUGACUUUAAUAUUUUUUUUGUUAUGUAUCAAAUUAUAAUUUUGUAUAAAUAUAAAAUAAAAUAAUUAAUAUUGUAAUUAAAUUUUUGCCAAAGACCAAAUUUGCAUGCUAUUGGUAAUGGCUAAAUAGGAGAUACUUUAAGCUAUUGUAAGACCAAAUUUGUACCACCCUAUUUAAUAGCAAAUAAUAAUCAUUCAUUCAUUCAUAUCUAUGAAUGAACGAAUGAAUGGUGAUGUUACGAUAUGUCAGUCAAUUAGCAAGUGUAUAUCAUGACACCCGUCCCUGAUCAUUACGAAUUUAUGAUGUAACUAUAUAUAAUAAGCUUGUUAUGAGUUGAAUAUCUGUUGUUGUAAAUGACUGUUUGUAUGUUAAUACCUAUGUACGUAUCUACAUAUAUACCUGCGUCAUAAUAUAUAAUAGUUGUGCAAGCAUUUAUUAACGUUAAAUAAGUGUAAUUGAACAUUGUAAUAUAGUUUGUAUAGUUUUAUUAUAUGUUGUAUAGAUAGGUAAUUAUAUAAGUUUGUAAUAAAUAUCUUGCCAGAGCUA